AUGUCUAUGCGACAAAACAUAGUAGCUGACCAAAAAAUUGAUAUCAAAGUUUAUUACGAAAGUCACUGUCCAGGUUCCAGAGAGUUUCUCAGCAUUGACUUUAAGAAACUCAUUGAAAAAUUGUAUGAAUAUUUAAAUAUCAAAACCUAUCCUUUUGGAAAUGCGAAGAUGGAUAUUCACGAUGGGAAAGUGGUAUUUAAAUGUCAGCACGGACCAAAGGAAUGUUAUGGAAACAAACUGCACGCAUGCGCUUUAGAUAUAAUUAAAAAUCAUACAGUUGCAUUGAUAUAUAAUUCCUGUAUGGCCAGUUUCUCGCAAGACGAUUUGGGGUCUGAUGACGCAGCAGCAGCUAAGUGCGGUACCUCGAUGAACAUAGAAUAUAACCCAAUAAUAAACUGUGCAAAUGGUGACAAAGGAAACCAGCUGCUGAAGUACUACGGAGAAGAAAGCAAAAAGGCAAAUUUUCGCUACGUCCCUUACAUUUUAAUUAAUGGAAAGGAAUAUAAUGGUGACCAUAUAGUGGAGGAUAUAUGUGCGAUGUUUUCGAAUCCGCCACCACCCUGCUCCCAACUAUAAUAAAAAAUAGGA